CCAGCCCUAUAUAUAAAUGAAGGCAGAAACUGUCCUGACGUUCUCCCAGACUCCAGGUUCCAGUGUCUGCACACCAGUGCCACCUUUCUAUCUCAAAAUAACCAGCGCCUGAAGCGCAGCAGUUUAAGUGGUCACCGCACCAGUACCUGCCAUGGCUGAUCAAGAGGCUCGAGAGAACCCGACCCCUGCUGCCCCACCGGCCGCCGCGCGCCCUAAACGCGUGUCCCACCGCGGACGCACCGCAGGAGCCAAAGUCAGCUCCAAUCAACAGGAGGGGAAAGUGGAGGAGUUCGAGCCCUUCAUGUUACUGCCCCGAGGACCGCCACCGCUUAAGGAGUUUCUCGAUAUCUGGGAUGUCGAUGUUCUCAAACAACCUCAAGAGAUCAAUAAACAAGGGCACAACACGCACCUGUACUCCAGCGACUUCCUCAUCGUGCGGCGCACUCUGGAGUUUCAGAUCAAGAUCACCUUCGAUCGACCCUACAAACCGGCCGAAGACAAGUUUGCGGUUGAGUUUGUCAUAGGGCCGAGUCCUCAGUACAGUAAGGGCACCUACAUUCCCGUUUUCCCCAAUGAGGAGCGUCAGAGUGUUUGGAGAGGCCGGAUCGUAGAGACCAGCGACAAUGUCGUCACAAUGGGCAUCACCACCUCACCAGAGUGCAUUGUGGGAAAAUACAUGAUAUACAUCGGUGUGGUGACCCCCUACGGUAUUCGCAGGACCAGGAGGGACCCGAGCACAGACAUCUACAUCCUCUUCAACCCGUGGUCACCAGCUGAUCCUGUGUUCCUGGAUGAUGAGGAGGAGCGUGAAGAGUGUGUUAUGAAUGAGCUGGGGAUCAUCUAUCAUGGCGCGUAUGAUGAUGUGUCUGAACGCGCAUGGAACUACGGACAGUUUGAGUUUGGUGUCCUGGAUGCCUGUCUGUUCAUUAUGGAUAAAGCAGAUAUGCCGCUGUCCAACCGUGGGGACGUCAUUAAAGUGACCCGCGUCGCUUCAGCCAUGCUGAACUCGCGCGAUGACGACGGCGUGUUGGUGGGGAACUGGAGUGGCGAUUACACAUACGGUGUCCCGCCGACGUCCUGGACCGGCAGCGUGGAGAUCCUCCUGGACUACGCCGGCAGCAGGGGAACACCCGUCUGCUACGCCCAGUGCUGGGUCUACGCUGCUGUCUUCAACACCUUCUUGCGUUGUCUCGGGAUCCCCGGCAGGGUCGUGACAAACUUCUUCUCUGCUCACGACAAUGACGGCAACCUUAAGAUGGACAUCAUCCUGGACGAAAAUGGAAAACUGGACCGGAACCGCACCAAGGACUCCAUCUGGAAUUAUCAUUGCUGGAACGAGUGCUUCAUGGCAAGGUCUGAUCUGCCUCCUGGUUUCGGAGGAUGGCAGGUUGUGGAUGCUACGCCACAGGAGACGAGCGAUGGUAUGUUCAGGUGUGGACCUGCAUCAGUAGCUGCCGUAAAACACGGCCAGAUCUGCUACCCGUUUGAUGCCCCUUUUGUGUUUGCUGAGGUGAACAGUGACGUGAUUUUUUAUCGUAGACAAAAAGACGGCACUCUGGAAGUAGUGAAGGUGAAUCCCACUCACGUGGGCCGCAUGGUGCUGACCAAAGCCGUGCUGCACGAUGGACGUCGAGACAUCACUGAUCAAUACAAGUUCCCUGAAGGGAGCCCAGAGGAGCGGCGUGUGCUGGAGAAGGCCGAGGAGUUCGGCUGUCAGAGAGAGAAAGCCUCUCUUCCUCAGAGCGAUGUGGAGGUGGAGAUCCCCACUCUGGACGUUCGUGUGGGAGACAACUUUGACGUGACGCUGCAGUUUAAGAACCACAGUGACCAGCGCCGCACUGCUGACGUGUACGUCACUGGAACCGUGGUGUAUUAUACCGGAGUCCCGAGCGCCGAGGUGGUGUUUAAAACUCCCAAAGUCAAACUAGAUCCACUGCAGAGUAAGGAUGAGAAAGUGUUGGUGCGAGGUGAGGACUACAUGCAUAAACUGGUGGAACAGGCAAACAUCCACUUCAUCGCUACAGGGAAGAUUAAAGAGACGGGCCAGAUCAUUACUGCCAUGAAAGUCAUCACAAUACACAACCCCAAACUCAUUGUGAAGGUCACUGGUUCUCCAAGAGUGAGUGAGGAAAUGUACGUGUCUGUUGAGUUCACAAACCCAUUUAAGUUCAGUCUGGAGAAUGUGGAUCUCCGUAUGGAGGGUCCUGGAAUCAUGCCCUUCAAACGCAAGCAGUACAGUCUGAUUGCUCCAGGCACCUCUAUAAUGUGGACGGAGACGUUCAGUCCCAGACGGGCCGGCUCCACUAAACUGAUAGCAAGUCUAGACUGCGCCGCUCUCAGACAGGUGUAUGGAGAGACUGAGCUCACCAUCCAGCAAUAAACACCACAGAGAAUGAAUCUGAGAAACAGAUCGCUGUAGUCUUUGAUCCAUGAGAAAAACAUGUAAUCUCCAGCAUAGCAUAUACUAUAUAAACUCGCAUAACUUUCUUUGAAUUGAGUGCACUGCUAAUACAGCUUGACAGCUUGAUUUAUCUGUCAGGGGAAGCAGAAGUGCAUUAUAUUGUAUUUAGUCAAAAGUACAGUUAUUGCAAUUUAUACUUUAAUCUGUCAAUGAUUUUAUCUUUUGUAUGAUGAAUAAUUCUGUGUC